AUGUCAGCCACUACUGCUGAGAAGGCCUCUACCGGCCGUACUCUCGAGAAGAAGCCUGUCAAGUUCAGCAAUCUGCUACUCGGUGCAGGAUUGAACAUGUUCGAGGUCACCACUCUGGGACAGCCACUGGAAGUGAUCAAGACGACCAUGGCUGCCAACCGAGGCGACAGCUUCGCUGGCGCUAUGGCACGGAUAUGGGGUCGUGGCGGGAUCCUCGGUUAUUAUCAAGGUCUCAUUCCGUGGGCCUGGAUUGAGGCCUCCACCAAAGGCGCUGUCUUAUUGUUCGUCGCGUCCGAGGCGGAAUUCCGUGCCAAGGUACUUGGUGCCCCCGACUUCCUGGCGGGUAUUGCUGGAGGUAUGACGGGUGGUGUUGCGCAAGCAUAUGCGACCAUGGGUUUCUGUACCUGCAUGAAGACCGUUGAGAUCACCAAGCAUAAGAUGGCUGCUCAGGGUGUCAAGCCCCCGGGUACGUUUGCUACCUUCAUGGAUAUCUACCGUAAGGAAGGUAUUCGCGGUAUCAACCGCGGUGUGAACGCGGUGGCUAUCCGCCAAACCACGAACUGGGGUUCUCGCUUUGGUCUCUCCCGUCUGGCGGAGACCGCUAUCCGUAAGGUGACCAACAAGGACGAGAACCAAAAACUGAGCGCCAUCGAAAAGGUCAUUGCCUCUGGUCUGGGAGGUGGUCUCUCCGCAUGGAACCAGCCCAUUGAAGUUAUCCGGGUCGAGAUGCAAAGCAAGAAGGAAGACCCCAACCGGCCUAAGAACCUGACUGUUGGCAAGACCUUUAAAUACAUCUACGAGACGAACGGUAUUAAGGGUCUCUAUCGUGGUGUUACUCCUCGUAUUGGUCUUGGGAUCUGGCAGACCGUCUGCAUGGUUGCUCUUGGUGAUAUGUAA